GGAAAGAGAGGUGAGGCGCGGCAAGGCGGCUUCCAUCCACAGCGCGAUUUCUUCCCUCGGUGCGCCAUUCUUUGUGUAGAUUCCACCUCCGGCAAUGCUCAGUUCAAUGCACUGGCAGAUUCUUGGAAAGCUAUUGGCAGCAUUGGCAGCGGCGCUCGAGGAUUUCUAGGUUUCGCGGCGCGCUCGCGGCGAUUGUAUGGCGCGGUGCUUGCUGUGGCGGCAGCUGCUGCUGCCGGCCAUUGUGAUUUCGAUCGCGCUCGCGAGUCCCGCUCUCACAGAUGGAGCGCAAUCGCAAGGAAUCGCACAGUGCGAGUCUAGCUCUAGCCAAAUUCCGCUAGCUUCCAAUCAAAGUGCCCCGGGUGAUACGUUUCCAGCGUCAGGCAUUCGUUAUGAGGCUUUCAAUAACAGCAGUGCCAGGAGGAGGAGGCUGGGAGAUUUUCGUGAGUGCGCGCCAUGUACGUGCUGCACGGACCAGACAAGGAAGUAUUGCUUUCUAACAGGAUGCUGUUACAACAUCAAUUGCUCGCUGAGAAGGGUCCCAUUCGGCCUUUGCUCCUUCACUCCGGUUUCCUGCAACUGCUUCGGCUGCUCGUGAAGAUCAUCCGCUAUAAUCUCGACGAUCGCGUCAAUCAGGUCUGAUAGACAAAGGUGAAGAAGAAAAGCUUGCUGUAUAUGUUUCUUCUAAGUAGAGUUCUUGAGUUUUUAUUUUAUUUUUUAUGUUGGCUCUCUCUCUCUGUUUGAAAGCUGCUUUGCAGAUCGGUGCCGAUCUAAGUCUCGCUUUACAGAAGAAAAAAAAAGAAGAGAAAAGAGAGAUAAAGUACCGUUUCCAUCAAACGAUCAAAGUUGUGUGAACUUGCGUUGCUGCCGAAGAUCUAUUCAUCGUGCUUCUACAGUCGGGCUCGCGAGUUUCCACCGAUGUAGAUCGAUCGCCCAAGUCAAGAUGCGUCAGCCUUUGCCAGAGCUCCGGUUUGAAUUGUAUCGGUCGACUCGGUCGAUUGAGAUCACAGUGGAAACUUCUCCAUUUUCACUGCUCCAAGGCGUGCAUCUUUUGACAAAGCCGGUCGCUACCGUGCGCCAAAGAAAUUAUAGCGUCCAACACGAUGCUACGCUACGAAUCUUUUCUUUGUUUCUGAGAUAUUCCCAUGUCAGUGUGCUUGCUUCCUUUGUCUUCAAAGACACCGCUGUGGCUUUUGCUCUUUCAUCCUUUUAA